AUGGUAGAGUUUGCCAUCAACAACUCGGUGCAUGCGUCCACGACACAUACACCGUUUUACGUGAAUGGCUUGCGCCAUCCGCGUGUACCCACCUUGCUCGAGUGUAAAACUGGUUUAAGGGGGAAAGAGACUCGCGCGAGCAAAAAACGAUUUGGUUCACGCUCAUCACACUUUGACGAUGAGGUCAUUGCGUUUGAUGCCAAUAUCGACAACAUCGAUAUCGAAGAAGAUGAUGCCAGUGAGAGCGAGGGAACCCUCACUGAAGAAAAGGUUGAUGUCGCUGCAGUGCACUCACAGCGCACUGAAGCUAACGAGUCAUCAGAUGAGUUCAUACUGUCUCGUGAAACGGUAGUCCGUUUUGUGCAAGACUCCAUCGCCGAAGCGGUGGAUAAGCAAAAGCAAAACGCUGACAAGAAUGGAAGGGCAAACACUCUUUAA